AUGACGUGGUGGGAUGUCUUGCGCGCGCUCACAUCCGCUGUGGCACUUGUGUGGUAUGUGGUGCUAUGGGGAGUUUGUAUCCUAGGAUAUACUGUAUCCAAGAAGCUCUUUGAGCAUUCUUGGCCGCGUUCGCCCUUGUCGUCUGCCAAUGCUGAGAGUGUGCCAGGUGUGUCAAUAUUGCGACCCUUGGCGGGGCUUGACUGCAACCUGUUCACCAACUUGUGCUCCACAUUUGAGCAGCGCUAUCCCUAUGAUAGCUAUGAGGUGAUCCUUAGCGUGCGGAGUGCAGAUGAUCAAGCACUAGGUGUGGCGCGUCGUGUUCAAGAGCGGUACCCGCACGUGUCGAGCACGAUUCUUGUGGGUGAUGUCGAGGCUGGUGUGAAUCCCAAAAUCAACAAUCUCGUGCGCUCAUAUGCGGCUGCGAAGUACGACAUUAUAUGGGUCGUCGAUAGCCAAGUGUGGCUGAGCUCCGAUGCUAUGGGCCGCGCGGUCGAUGCCUUGACGAUGCCUCCCACGAGGCCUUCACCCCAUUGGUUACAUCGUGUGCCUCAUGGUCAUCGAGUUGGUCUCGUGCAUCAUGUGCCGCUGGGCGUGUUGCCGGCUGAUACGCUAGCUUCACAUGUGGAACGCGUGUUUCUUAGUACAACGCAUGCCAAGAUGUACCUGGCCAUCAACGCAGUAGCGGUGGACAGCUGCGUAAUGGGCAAGAGCAACAUGUACCGCAAGAGUGACUUGGAGCGUGUCCCUGAUACCUUUUUCCACUAUGCGCAGGACGCUCAGUCGAGUAUUGGAAGUCGCGCGUUCGACGACCAUGAUGUAACUCAUGCCGAAAGUGGCGCUCUGGCUCAUGCUCGUGCUCUCGCGCGGUUUGGCAUUUAUCUUGCUGAAGACAAUAUGCUGGCGUUGAGCUUGUGGCGUCCACCAGUGCAAUUAGCCCAUCGUGUCUCACCGGGCGACGUGGCACAAGUCGCUGUAGGCGAUAUCAAUACGCUCGCCGAGUAUGCCAAGCGACGCAUGCGCUGGAUUCGCGUGCGUCGGCAUAUGGUCCCGAUGGCUACGUACCUUGAGCCUUUUACCGAGAGUAUCUUGGCCGGUGUUUGCGGAUGGUAUGCUGUGCGUGUGCUUUUGCUGAACGCUAUCAUCCAUUCACCGCUACAGGCAUGGCUGGCCUGUGCCUUGUUUUUUGCGCUGCAUUGGGCGGCAUGGUACUAUGUCGACAUGAGCGUACUUCUGGCGCUUCGUCAUGGGGAGCCGCUCCCAGAGGCCGAGCAGCGUUACGUAUUUGUCGCGUGGUGCGUCCGAGAACUGCUGGCCUUUCCUAUCUGGGCAUGGGCUAUGCUUGGCCACACCGUGACUUGGCGUGGCCGCCGCUACCGCAUUCUCCGCGAUGCACGCGCAGCCGCUGCAGAAACGGACGCCGCUGACGCAUCUCUGCUAUCCGACUAA